AUCUGUCAGGUAACUGCUGGUGAUAAUGACACUGGCAAUGACGGACAGUUCACCUUUGCUUUCACUAGUGUACAAAAGAAGUUUUCUCUCACCCAAAAUGGAACCAUUGGUGAAGUUCGUCUCAGAGAAAGCCUCGACUUUGACAAAAAUGACACACUUUUCAUAUUUGAGAUAGUAGUUACAGGUAACUCAAGUUCAUUUUUUAACAAAAAUCUAUCAUUUCAAAAAUUCCACCCUAUUGACUCAAUAUUUUGGCCAAAUGAAAUUUGAAACUUACAAAAUGCUUUUGUUUUUUAAAGACAAAGGUGUACCCCAGCGCUCCAGCACGACCACAGUGACUAUCUAUGUCAAUGAUGACAAUGAUAACCCACUUAUGUGCACAAGUAUCAUCAAUGUGGAUAAAGUGGAAAAUAGCACAACAAACAUUGCAUCAUUGUCCUGUACAGAUAUGGACAAGAAUACUGCUCUACAUUACUCUCUUGUC